CAGGAGUCGGAGGCGGGCCCUGCGCCGCGUCACGCGCCUCUCCUGUUGCGCGCGAGGAGGCAGGCCGGUGUUUUUCCACUGCCGCGGAUGUCUCAUGUCCCCCCGUGCAGAGAGACAAAGGUCAGGAAGAGAGCUUCGCAAACAGGCUAAAAUAGAAGCUACCGACGCGUCCAGCCCUUCAGUCGAUUCUCGCGGACACAAGAGGAACACGGACAAGACGAAACGUGCACGGGAGCGCGCUCAGAGGACAUUAAGAGGACAACGUAAUACACAACGUUACAAUAACGGACCAGAAUGGCUCAAAAAGAGAAACUCCAGUGCCUGAAGGAUUUCCACAAGGACACCCUGAAGCCCUCCCCCGGUAAAAGCCCCGGCACCCGGCCCGAAGACGAGGCCGAGGGCAAACACCCGCAGCGGGAGAAGUGGGCCAGCAAGUUGGACUUUGUUCUGUCCGUGGCUGGCGGCUUUGUUGGUUUAGGGAACGUCUGGCGUUUCCCGUACCUCUGCUACAAGAACGGUGGAGGUGCAUUUCUCAUCCCCUACUUCAUUUUCCUGUUUGGCGGAGGUCUGCCCGUCUUCUUCCUGGAGGUGUCCCUGGGCCAGUUCACCUCUGAGGGUGGCAUCACCUGCUGGGAGAAGCUCUGCCCCAUCUUUACCGGUAUUGGUUACGCCUCCAUCGUGAUUGUGUCCCUGCUGAAUAUCUACUACAUCGUCAUCCUGGCUUGGGGCCUCUACUACCUGUUCCAGUGUUUCCAGCCAGAGCUUCCGUGGGCAAAGUGCAACCAGCCCUGGAACACCGAGCGCUGCAUCGAGGACACCUACCGCAAGAACAAAUCCCUGUGGCUGGCCGCCAACGCCUCCGGCCUCUCCAACUUCACCUCCCCCGUCACCGAGUUCUGGGAACACAACGUUCUGGGCAUCACCAGCGGCAUUGAGGACAUCGGCCCCGUGAAAUGGGACCUGGCUCUGUGUUUGCUGCUCGUCUGGGUCAUCUGCUUCUUCUGCAUCUGGAAGGGAGUCAAGACCACCGGCAAGGUGGUCUACAUCACAGCCACCUUCCCCUUCGUCAUGCUCAUCGUGCUGUUGAUCCGCGGCGUCACGCUGCCCGGCGCUUCUGCGGGCAUCAAGUUCUACCUGUACCCGGACCUGGAUCGUCUGAAGGACCCAGAGGUGUGGAUCGACGCCGGCACCCAGAUCUUCUUCUCCUACGCCAUCUGCUUGGGCGCCAUGACGUCCCUGGGGAGCUACAACAAGUACAAAUACAACUGCUACAGGGACUGUUUGCUGCUGGGAGCCCUCAACAGUGGUACCAGUUUUGUGUCUGGCUUCGCAAUAUUUUCCGUCCUGGGCUUCAUGGCACAAGAGCAAGGGGUGGACAUUGCUGAUGUGGCAGAGUCAGGCCCCGGCCUGGCGUUCAUCGCCUACCCCAAGGCUGUGUCCAUGAUGCCUUUCCCUACCGUCUGGGCAGUCCUCUUCUUCGUCAUGCUGCUGCUGCUCGGCCUCGACAGUCAGUUCGUGGAGGUGGAAGGGCAGAUCACAUCACUGGUGGAUCUGUAUCCGUCCUUCCUAAGGAAGGGUUACCGCAGAGAGAUCUUCAUCGCUAUCAUCUGCAGCAUCAGCUACCUGCUUGGACUCACCAUGGUUACCAAGGGUGGCAUGUAUGUUUUCCAGCUGUUUGACUACUAUGCAGCUAGCGGCGUGUGCCUUCUGUGGGUGGCGUUCUUUGAGUGCGUAGCCGUGGCCUGGGUUUAUGGCGUCGAUAACUACUACGAUGCGCUGGAGGACAUGCUUGGCUACAGACCAAAUGCUUGGAUGAAAUGGAGCUGGACGAUCAUCACUCCUGUACUGUGCAUGGGCUGCUUCAUCUUCUCCUUGGUCAAAUACAAGCCGCUGACGUACAACAAGAUCUACGAGUAUCCGGACUGGGCCAUCGGGAUCGGCUGGACUCUGGCCUUGACCUCCAUGAUCUGCAUCCCCAUGGUGGUGGUCAUCAAGAUCAUCCGCUCCGACGGGCCGCUCAUCGAGAGGAUCAAGGCGGUGGCAGCCCCGGUCCGCGGGGGGGCCAGCUCCCGUCCCGCCGACCACCGUGGCCUCAAGGAGCUGUCCUACCCUCUGGACCCCAACGGGAACAAGGGCCUCCUGAUGAAGGCCCCCACCCACACCAUCGUAGAGACCAUGAUGUAAAGGAACGAGGCGGGGGGGCUCUCCAUGAGAGCGCUCUCCUCUCCGACUCCUCUCAGCGCUCCUGAAGCUGCUUUCUGUCUGUCUGUCUGUCUGUCUGUCUGUCUGGUGGACUGAUGAGGGUCCACAGGAGGAGAAAGAAAAAAAAAGAAACACACACAGUUUCAAAUCCGGUUGGAUCACAUUUCAAAUCUAUUUCUGAAUUGCGCACAGUUGCUGGUCCUUUUAUUUUUCACGAAUUGUAUUGUUUGUAAAACGUGGCCGCUGCGUGGAACGAGUUGACGCCUCUGGUCGAGCCAGACGUGGUUGGUCCAGUGGUCACUGGGUCCGAGUCUUGGAAUGAAACAGAACGGUCCAGCCACAAAAUUACUAAAAAAAAAACUAAAGAGAAAUCCCACUCUGAUCGCGGGGGGUCUAUUUCUUUUUGGGCUUGUUCUUGGAAGAGCAGAGCAGUGACGUGAUGUCCUGUAUUCAAUGAACGUGCUUUUCUGAGGGUCACCCUGUUCCACUGCAGGCACAGCGUCACUAAUUCUACUGAUUGCAUCACCUCACCCACAGCAGGCACAUUUUCGAUGAUAUUCCAGCUGCACAGGCAAGACAUUUUCCGUGAGAAAUGUGACCAAACCUUCCAAAUUUUCACAUUUUUCUCAUUCCCUAAUCCACUAAAUUCCCCGGUGCGGCUCCACAGAGGGAAUCAGUAAAAGGUGGCGGCAGGUGACCCUCAUCAAGCCAGGACCCUGUUUUGGUUUCUUUUAAAUGCACCUUAAGACGAGAGAGAGAGAGAGACAGGCAUCUGAAAGGAUUUGAGCUGUGCGCUUGGACCCUUGAGUGUGUUGUGCGUGGCGUUGUUGUACAGUAGUAGCUACCAGUCUAUAUCUAUAUCUAUCUCUACCUUUCUCCGUCCUGGUUCCCAGUCGCUGGCUGCACCAGGCGCGCUCGGCUUACCAUUUUGGAUUGGAUCUGUUUCCUUUUCCACAGAGGAAGUUACAUUAUUAUUAGUUUUCCUCUGUCGGUGUUUAGAUUGAUUUUUAUUUUUAUUAAGACUAUAAUAUUAUUGUUAUUCACUAUUGAUGAUAAUUGCUGUAGUUUUUACGUAGAAGGAGCACUUGUGAAAAUACUAAGCUGUUAUACAAAUCAUACAUUUAAUAAUGAUAAUCCGUUCAUUUUCCUGCCAAAAAAAUCUGUCUUCAGUUUUCAGGCAAAAAAAAACAAAAAAACGAGGCAUCUGCUCUGAUUCCCCAAAUAGUUUCUCUCGUGGGGGGCCUGGGUCAAACCUUCGUCCAGCUCCGCCCCCACGUCGCAACGGUGUCAUUGAUCCGCCUCCUCUGUAAAUAUCUUCCGUUUUUGGGUCAAAAAAAAAAAACAUUUCACCAAGUGCGGAGCGAAGAGAACGCCACUCGAACCGGCCUAAAUAAGCGAAACACGCCGCAGCAUCCAAAUAAAUACCCCCCCCCCGAAAAACUCUAAAUGUUGCGUUAAGUCCAGAAUCCAAUUAAAGCCGAACCAAAGACACGAGGAGAAGAUGAAUAUGUUAGUGAAUGACUGAAUGAGAUGUGAUGACGGCUGCUACCACGGGCCGUCUCCCCCCCCGAGGGACGUCUCAUGGGGGUCCAAUCGACCACAUGUGAAUAUAUAUAUAUAUACUGUAUAUUUAUAUAUAUAUACACACACACACACACACACACACAAUAUGUAUCACAGCUGCACUGCCAAGUGAUCCACAAUCCGAGGCAGAACAAUCCAGAGGGGGGGGGGGGGGUCGAAGUGAGAUGUUGUCGCACCUUAUUACUUGGACUUCAUGUGCAACGAUGAGGCCAAAAGAGAAGCACUGCCAUCUUUUUAAUUCAGGGUCCUCAAAGAAAAGAAAAAGAAGAAAAAAAACAACAACAACAAUCCGAACCGUCAACAACCCUCCUGUUUCCUGAGAAGCACAAACGCAGGCGUAUUAAAAAUAGAUCAAAGCGUUGUUAAAUAUUCCUUCCCGUCAGUUAUGGUGAAACCAGGGCCUCCGUUUCGUGUGUCAUCGGCGCUUUCGGUCGUGUCUUUCUGUCUCCGCGUGUUUUAGAGUAAAGUCGUUCGUAUCAUCCAAAGGGAUUUGAGAUCCACAGCAGACAUCUAUUUUCAUACAGUAGCUAACUUUUCCUACAUGAGUGGUCUUUGUACAGCCGAGCCCCCGCUUUGACACGAAGCUCCGUGUUCCACUUAUCACCCAUUGGUUUAUUCUGCCUCUGUGCGUGUCCUCCCAGUAUGUACCAGUUACACUCCCUGCAGUUGAGCGAGCCCAUUUCUUUCUCAGAGAGAACCAAUUUGCAAGAGAAUCGAGGCAUUAAGCGAUGCUGAGCGAGUUUUUACCGCCGAAUGUUGAAAUGUGAAAGUCACCCGCGGGUGAUUGUAAAAGUUUCUGAGAAUCUAUUUUUUAGAGUGUAAACAAAGAAAUUACUUUCUUUCAUUUUUUUUUUAUUUUUGUUGAUCUUGUUCUAAUGAAUUCUGUUUUCUUGUUUUUUGUUUUCAUUUUUGAUCGUGUGUCUGUCACAUUUGCCUUUUUGUAUUCCAAAUAUAGUGUAUCUGAACCUCUGUGACCGGAGUACAAGUACAACUAUCAAUCAAAAAACUACAAAAAAAAACUCAGAUUUGUUAUGUGCAAUACUUGUAGAAUAUUUUUAUCUUGCUGUUUUUCCGAGGAGGUGGAAACGACAAAAAAACAAAGAAAUCGACAGCAUUAGGAAAUCUCGAUGAAAAAAAUCAUUUGAAAAACUUUUCGGCGCCGAAAAUCAAUUCAAACAAAAACAAAUGCAAAAACCGAACCGAACCGGACCGAACCAGCCGAGACCGCGCGCUGAGGGACGCGCUCCGGCGUCUCGUGGCGUCCAAUUGGAUCGUAGCGAAACUUAUCUCUUUGUUUUUGUUUGUGACAGACAGUUUGUGAGGGGAAAGAAACACAGUAACACUGCCACUAAGCCCCGCCUCCUUCCACCUGCCAUGUUUAUCUCUGAAAACAACAGGCAGCGCACCCAAAAAAGCACGACGCACCCAAAGUACCCCCAGCACCCUGAGAGGGGGGGGGGGGGGGGUAGCUCCUGAUGGGACAAACCCUUCGAGUCCUCUCGGCUGAUUUUGGGAAGCAGUAAAACCAACAAACACAACAACAGGUUAAAUUAUCUUCAAUGUGGGCUCUUUUCUUUUUUCAAGUUGUACAUUGUGCAUCUUCAGACAUGUGUCCCCCCCCCCCAGCCUUAGUGCUUUAUCAAAGAAACCGAAGAACCAAACUACAUGCGAAUAAACAUAUUUACAUUUCCAGCUUCUGGCCGUACAAUCCCGUCUCACCGCUAAGUCCUCUGGGAAGUGCUCGCUCUGAACAUCGUUUCCCGUGGCAACCGUCUUUCCCGCGCCGCUCUGUGUGCCAGCCCUUCCUCCUUCAAGGAAUGUACAUGAGAAAUGUUUCUAAUUCUUCCCGGAGAAAAGAAAAACAUUUUGAAAAGAAUUUGAAAGGUUUGAUUUUUUUUUAUUUUUAUGGCCAACUGUAAGCUAGGUAAAGAAAACAAAAAUGAAAAAAAAAAGUAUGUGUUUGAACAGGUUUUACAAUGGUGUAAAGCUUUUUUUAUUUCUUAAUAAAAAAUGUGUCUUCUGAAAAUUA